AUCCCGCCCACAAACGUCACGCAUUCAAACGGCAGCCGACAGCGGACGCGCAGGCAGAGAAAGAAGGGAACCCGAUCGAGUCGAGCCCAGCGGAUCACACACAUUUUGUGAUCGAGACACAGCGACAUCCUUGCAGGGUCACUCGGCGGCCUUUCCAUUGCAUGAUCAAUCGAAGGACUUAAAGAUGUGGAGAGAAUUCUGCAAGCUCCUACUCUUCCAUUUGCUGCUUAUGGAGCUCCGUUGCGCGAAAGGAAUUCAUAGCGAAUCACAGUGUGAAGCCGGCCAGUUCAAGUGCGACAACGGAAGGUGCAUCCCAAGCCUUUGGCGAUGCGACGACGAUGACGACUGCUCGGACAACAGCGACGAGGAGAAGUGUCCAAAGAAGACAUGCGCAACCACGGAUUUCGCCUGCAAGAAUGGCCAGUGCGUUCCCGCCAGGUGGCGCUGCGACGGGGAGCAGGAAUGCGCAGAUGGUUCCGACGAGGCUGACGCAAUCUGCAGCCGGCAGACGUGUUCACCGGAGAAGUUUGACUGCGGCGGGACGGCGGCAAAGUGUGUCUCGUUGUCGUGGCGAUGUGAUGGGGAAAGGGACUGCGAGAACGGGGCAGAUGAAGAGCACUGUGCCGCAGAUGGCAACGCCUGCCCGUCCAAGGAAUUCCAGUGCCAUAACGGCAAGUGUAUAGCGGCCAUCUUCGUCUGCGACGGCGACGACGACUGCGGCGACGGCGGCAGCGACGAAGACAAGUGCUCCCAUCCCACCUGCGGCCAGCACGAGUUCCGCUGCAAUGACUCCGAGUGUAUUCCGGCGCUGUGGAGCUGCGACGGCGAUCCCGACUGUAAAGAUAAGUCCGACGAAUCCCUGGAGCGCUGCAGUCGGAGGACCGAGCCCCGGAAAGCACGUUGCAUGCUCAGCGAGUUUCAGUGCGGGAGUGGAGAGUGCGUCCGCAUCAGCUGGAAAUGCGACGGGGAUGCCGACUGCAAGGACAAGUCCGACGAGACAAACUGUCCGCUGCUUACAUGUCGACCUGAUGAGUUCCAGUGUGGCGAUGGCUCCUGUAUCCACGGCACCAAACAGUGUAAUAAGGUCCAUGACUGCCCGGACGACAGUGAUGAAGCCGCUUGCGUCAACGUUACAAAGUGUGACGGUGCCGGACACUUCCGCUGUAAGAAUGGCCAAUGUAUUGACAGCAGCAAGGUGUGCGACAAUGUAAAAGACUGCAAAGACUGGUCGGAUGAACCUAUGAAAGAGUGUGGCCUGAAUGAGUGUUUGGACAACAACGGUGGCUGCUCCCAUAUCUGCAGGGACCAGAGGAUUGGCUUUAUGUGUGACUGCCCCUCUGGGUAUAAACUUCUGGACAAAAAGACUUGUGGUGACAUCGAUGAAUGCGAGAACCCCGACGCCUGCAGUCAGAUCUGCAUCAACUACAAAGGGGAUUAUAAAUGUGAAUGCUACGAAGGUUUCCAGAUGGAUCCCGCCUCCAAGACCUGCAAAGCCGUGGGAAAGAGUCCCUACCUGAUGUUCACUAACCGCCACGAGAUCCGUCGUAUUGAUCUACUGAAAAGCGAAUACACGCAAGUAGUUCCGACACUGAAGAACGCUGUGGCGCUGGAUGUUGACGUUGCCGCCAAUAAGAUGUUCUGGAGUGAUUUAUAUCAUCACAAAAUAUACAGCGCUUACAUCAACAAAGCCAACGAUUCUUCGCAGCAGCUCGCACUCAUCGAGGCGCUCCAUUCCCCCGAAGGCCUCGCCGUCGACUGGGUUCACAAGAACAUCUACUGGACCGACUCGGGCAACAAGAGCAUCUCUGUGGCCACGGGGGAUGGCAGCAAGAGAAAAAUGCUCAUAGUCACUGAGCUGAGUGAGCCACGGGCCAUCGCCGUUGACCCGCACCAAGGGUUUAUGUAUUGGUCAGACUGGGGCGAACAGGCCAAGAUCGAGAAAGCUGGGAUGAAUGGAGUGGAUCGCCAAGUUCUGGUGUCUGAGCAUAUUGAAUGGCCCAACGGAAUAACUUUAGACUUGUCCAAUAGGCGCCUCUACUGGGUGGAUUCCAAGUUGCACCUGCUGUCCAGUGUGGAUUUGAACGGGGACAACCGAAGAGUCUUGCUGUCCUCCCAUCACCACCUGGGACAUCCCUUUGCUCUCACCCUUUUCCAGGACCGCAUAUAUUGGACCGACUUGGAGGAUGAAGCAAUAUAUAGCGCCAACCGCCUGACGGGGAACGAUGUGGCAAAAGUAGCAGAGCAUCUGAACAAUCCGCUGGAUCUCGUGGUGUUCCAUGAGCAAAGGCAGCCAAAAGCUCCAGACACCUGCAACAUAGGCAGUCUUCCCAACGGUGGCUGUGAGUACCUUUGUUUAAAGGCCCCCCAGAUGACAGAGCACUCCCCCAAAUAUACCUGUGCCUGUCCUGAUGGAAUGGAACUGGGACCAGAUAUGAGGCGCUGUGUCACAGUGCGCGCAAGAACAACCACAACAGCAGUUCCCACUACCGCCACUACAACUACCACAACACCCAAAAGCACAACUGUUGUCACGACGACAGUCGCGGCCACAUCCGCUCCCACUGCUGCGUCUACCGAACUCGUGACCACAACUGGGACUCUGGCAACGAGCAAACUCCCCCUAAAUUCCAGGGGAACCUCCACCGAGCAGCCCUUAACACCUGCUCCCACCGGUGCGCCGAGCAGCAGCAGAAGCAGCAUCAGCAGCAGCCAGCCAUGGACCUCCACUCCCACAGCCCUACCGGGCCCCGUGGCUCCCAGCAGCAUUCAUAAAGGGAGCAACGGCAACCUGUCCCACAGAGCUGCGGGGGGUGAUCACUACCUCAUAGGCAACAACAUCACAGUAGCUGUCUUGGGGAUAGUCAUUCCUAUCGUCCCUAUCCUUGCCACAGUGGUCAUCGGGCUCCUUUGCACCGGCGCCUACCUGGUGUGGCGCAACUGGCGGCGCAAGAACACCAAGAGCAUGAACUUCGAUAAUCCCGUGUACCGCAAGACCACGGAGGACGACGACGACGAAAUCCACAUCGGCCGUCACAGCGAGUCGGUGGGACACGUCUACCCAGCACGAGUGGCACUGAGUCUGGAGGACGAUGGCUAUCCCUGAAGGAGGGAUGCUGCCUCUUCCUUCAGUCCCUCCCUCCCUCCCUCGCUCCCUCCCUCCCUCGCUCCCUUCCUCCCUCCACAAUGAGGCCCGGCUCGGCGCAGAGGAGACACUCCUCCCUCCCUUUGCUCUCCUUUAAGGAGCAGUAAAUUGCCACUUUCUCAUAUGGUGCUCUAACUGUAGUUGCAGUUGCGAUACUCCCGCCAGUAGCUCGGCUAUUUAAUUGUAGAGCGCUUCUGCUCCGCCCAUUCCUUCUCUCUCUCUCUCUCUCUCUCUCACCACAUCUAGGUGCUACCCUCAUGAACAUUUCCAUGCUGCUUGUUGAUUCGAGUCCAACUAACCUCAUUGAGCUGUCGUCGGUGCCAGAGCAAAUCUUGCAGUCAAUUCAAAUGAUGUACGCUAUUUAGCACAGACUUGCAUGGCUGAUGUGCAUUUUGAUUGGAAGGCUAUGAGAAUCUUUUCCAGUCACGGGCGCUAUUGAUAGAGCAAAUAUAGUACAUCUAUGAGUAGUCAUGGUGAGGUUGGGGAUCAUUUAGAGGAGGAAGAAAUUCGUUUUUUCUUUUUUUAAAUGUGAACAUGAGGAUUUAAGUCACCAGAAGGUUGAGCCUCAAGGCAAAAAGCAGCGAGGCAGAAAAGAGCAUUAUCCAGGGUUCUCCUCUGUGUUGGCCUCUGACGUGGUAUGCACACUGCUUACAAUCAACUGUUUCUUCUCCGUCAGGAUGUUGUAGACUUUGUUUGCUUGCCUCUGCUGCUUCUUUUGGUCCUUUCCAGCGUAGGGGUCAAUAACAGCGCCUUUUGGAGAAACGAUGACAAAUUCUGACCCCACCCAAUUUCAAAUGGGAAUGAAUGAGGACAUCCAUUUAAAUGAAUGCUGGCUUAAGAUUGGUUCUUUUAUGAAGCCCAGAAUCGAGCAUUUGCUAAUUUCCAAUCCACAUGCUUCAUUGAUGGCUAUUCAAGGCGCAAGAUGAAUUUGGGUUUGUUGAAGGCACUCUCGUGUUAUUUGUCUCUCUCUGACUGAUAGGACUGGAUUCUACUCCCACAUUGUUGUAUGAUCUGAUCCUAUGAAUCGUUGCCAUUCAAUGGCUCUGAAAGCUGCUGUUGAUGAAAUGUUGCUGCCUGUCUCUCUUAAAGCCAUCAGUUGCUUGUCCUGUCACAAAAAGUCAUUGCUUUAAACAGGGUCUUCCAAAUCUCUCCAUACCCAGGGUGCAAGAAUGCUUUCUAACGGCUUUGUUUGUCUCCACAUCUUCACUGCAUGCGCUCCAUCCAUAACGCUAACACCGGCUAUGUUUUUUUUUUCCCCCCACAUGUAGUUUUUCGUGCUUGUGCCGCUCCUGUUCCACCUUGAUAGUCUCCUCCAAUCUCUCUUGCCAUCCAUCCCAUCUUCAUGCUCGCAUCAACAUCUUUGCUUUGCAAGGGCUAUCACUGCCAUCAAGGUAGACGCACAAUAAGAAG